CGGCAUGCUGCGGAUCAAGGUGCCCUGGCAGCCUUCCACAAGUGCACUGCAGGAUGGCGGCGUCCUGUCUCAGCUCUUGCUAAUGCUGUUCGUCCUUCCACCGUGACUAAGCUGCGCAUUUACUGUGCCAAGCGCAGGCCUUCUCCUGACCUGCCUGAUGUUGUUACCGUAACACGACCUUCCACUGUGACUGAGCCUCGCGUUUACAGCGCCAAUCGCGUGGCUUCCCCUGAUCUGCCUGAAGUUGUUAGUGUGCUGCGACAAGAGGGUGAAUCCCAUGAUCCAACAGACAUCGACGGGAUACUGGAGAAAGUGUUGUCCAAUGACGGCAUCGACCACGUCGCCAAACACCUGGUUGACCAAAUGCAUGGUGCUCUCCAGGAGGGUAGGCUGCCUGAGACUACAGGCCAAUGCAGCCCUAGCUUACAGCUCACUGAGAUGUACUCUUAUGCAGAGGCAGCAAUCAAAGACUUGCUCCAGCCUUAUUUCCUGCCUCUUGUGGCUCACACUGCUUCUGUGGACAAUGCAGAAUCGAGAGGUGCUGCUUUUGCUACCACUGAUGCAGUAGAUGGUGUUCAAGCCAAAGCAAAGGCUGAGGACGCAGUAUCUUCUCAGAGUAGGGCCCAAAGCGCCAGGUCAAGCACUGCCAGCUGUGAGCUGGACACGAUCCAGCCAGACUCCUCUGCAUUGCAGGUGCACGCCAGCAUGGUGAGCUUCUUCACCGACCUGAUGGUCAACCAGGUGUUGGACAAGCUUCACUUGGACGUACCUGCUCAACGGGACGCUGCAGAUGAACCAGAUACAGCAAGCGCAGGAGGACCUGAUGGCUGCUUGACCAGCGUCCUCAUGUUGCGUCUGUUGGCGAACAUGAGGGAUGGAGGGAGAUCCUCCGUUGAUAAGGGAAUGCUUCAAGAGCUCAUUGAUAAAAUCCUCUCAGAGAUCAGCGGUGCCUCUGGAGUGCCAGACGUCCAUGGGUAUGUGAAAAACACCAGGAUUCAGAACAUCAACAGGACCAUGGAGAAGUUCCUGCUGAAGGAGUUUGGCUCCAAAAACAUCCUGCAGAGAACAGCGAACCCAGAGGACGACUCGUUUAACAUGACCUUUCUGGCAAAGUUGAGGGAAGUCUUGAAUGCAGAAGCCACUGAUGCCCCAUCUGCCCUGAGUGGCUCAGCUUUCCCCAGGUCAGACCCAGGGCCAAAAGCAGCAGGUGGAAUUAAAACAGGGAAGAAAUCCAAAUUUGGAGCGAAGAUACCAAAGAGACGAAAACGAAGCUCAAAGGUUUCUCCAAUCGGCGUUGCAGCUGACAAGGUUCAACAUGCAGUUCCAAAUGCUCAAUCUGCUCCAUCCAGUGGGAACUUCUCUGCUGCACCUGCUGACGAGGUGAAGCCUCGUAAACGCUCCUGGAUCAAGAAGCUAUUUUGCUGCUGCAUGCAAAGCUAAACUCAAACUUAAACAACCCACACCACAUUCCACCAUUUCCAUCUAUUCCAUAUCCAUUACCAAGGUCAACACACACGCACAACUCAUAUUUUGAAAUCCAACAAAGAACAUUAUGUAUCCACCCAAAACAAAACAUAUGUAUA